UAUUAUGAAGGUGUUGUCAUCGUUGUGAGUUUCGCCGAGCGGGGAGCUAAAGCUAGAUCCAAAAUGAACUGAUGUCAUCCAUGUUUUUAUAACCAGCAACCCUUCCGCUUUCCAUUUCAACCCACUUUCCAUCUACAGAAAAUCCUCCAUAUCUUUUCAAUUCUGCCACUGGCUUCAUACAUUGAAGAAGCAAAUUCUAACAAACCAUCUCAAUAAAAUAAGAACACGCAAAAUGACACUCGCACCCAAAUUUGCCGGCCAGAAGCUCUCAUCCGGAGGCAUCCUGGAGACUAAGCAUACACUGGAAAUUUACUUGGAUUAUGUUUGCCCCUACUCCGCCAAACUAUUCAAAACCUUUUACCCAACCAUAACCCCGCUCCUCAACAACCCCAACUCCACCUACCAUAAAAACCUCCAGGUCAUAUUCCGCCAGCUAAUCCAGCCCUGGCAUCCGUCUUCAACCCUCACACACGAAGCGGGCGUGGCCGUCCUCAAGCUCGCGCCGGAGAAAUUCUGGCCCUUUAGCGCCGCGCUGUUCGCGAAGCAGGCGGAGUUCUUCGAUGUGAACGUCGUCAAUGAGAAGAGGAACGACACGUAUAUGCGCCUGGCGAAAAUCGGGGCUGAGGUCGGCGUUGAUGAGGGGGCGAUGUUGCAGUUGUUGACGGUUAGUGAUCAGCCGGAUAAGGAUGGGGGAUUGAAUAUAGGAAAUGGUGUUACGAAUGAUUUGAAAGUGAUGGUCAAGGCCGCGCGGUUGAUUGGGGCGCAUUUUACGCCUACAGUGUACUUCGAUGGCGUCGAGGAGAGAUCCAUUAGUAGCAGCUUCACCCGCGAACAAUGGGAAGAAUGGUUGCAGAAGAAUGUCGUUUGAUUCAUUAUUGGUACGGUCAGGGAUUUGAGACAAACAUGUCAGAAUGAAGGGGAAAAAAGAAACGAUGGUUGGAACUUCUGAUGAUAAAAGAUAGGAAGAGAAGAGCAAUGGGGAGUGGACGGGAGAGAGGCUAUGGAAGACACAUCCAUGUAUUACCUAAAAGUAAUGAUAAAACAAAGGGGUGAAAGGGGUGUGUUGGAGCGUGCUCAAGUGAGAUAUCUCGGUCUUUCAGCAAUGGCGGAAAAUAAUAGCAAAGAGAAAAGUGAAAUGAAAUAUCUAUAUGGGAGUUGGAAAAUAACAAGGAGAGUCAAAUUAAACAGAUCGAUAUAAGGAAUUUCGGGAAAACAAUGCCUGGACUCCCAAAGUCGGUUUUGAAGCCAAUUUCGAACAGCGUGAAUGGAUCGCUUGUGAGAUCUACAUUGCUCUUUAGAAAACUGGCUUUUAUUAUUGUGGACAAAUGCAAGAACGCCCCGGCGUAUAUCAUUAGUUUUUUUGUGUUCCUUUUGGAGCGAGGAGAGACGAUAAGGUUAACUAAUUGGUGGGUGGUUGGUAGUUAAUCGGUCGCCUAUAUCAUGUUAGUUCAGUCAGUUAUGUGAGACGAUAAGAGAAAGCACAAGAGCGCAACGCCAAUUAGGAUGGUGCAACGAAUGGAGACGAAACAACUCACUUGAAGAGCAAAAUGUGUGGCUCUGGCUCGUGCACUUCAUAAUGUUCCCAACCCAAGCUCUAAAAGAAGAGAG